AUGCCCGUGCUGGUCCCGUGUGUGUUUCUGGGGAGGGCAUUCAAGCCGGGGCGUCGUUCUGUUGGAGAACUCGCUCUGCUGAAGAACUCGCAUCACUUUCGUCCGUGCAUCGCACUCGGCUGCGAAGUUGUUCGGGGCCUGAACGUCGCCGGCCACCGUUCUGAAACCAACGAAGGAGGUGGGCAGGCGCCGGCGCUUGGCCCGGGCUCGCUUAGCUUCUCCCGCUUUUUCUCGACAGCCCGACCCUUCCAAGCAGUUGUGGCCCCCUUGCCCUUGCCGGUGCGUGGAACGAGGGCCGCGCGCCCCGCUAGCAGACGCUACCUGGAGCGGGGUGGCACUCCGGUGCCACGCAUUGGCCCGGUGUGUGUAGUUCCGCCAGCCCGGGACUGUGUCGGGCCCGGCGCCCGGGUGACACGUUCAAGCGCGGCCGCGAAGCCAAAGCGCUGCCGUCUUCGCACGCACGAGCCCAAACAAGCGCGCCGCCAGGAACAAAGUAAAGAAUGCAGAGAAGGCCGGGGCCGAAUUUGGGCGGGCCAAGACAGAGGCAGGCGGGGGCUCCGAGUGGGCCCGGGAAAUGGCGGAGGGGAGCGGCGCCCGCGACGAGGGAGGUAGGCGGCGCAACGCACCCGGCUGGAAUCGGGCCGCGCCUUCGUGCUCUUGGUUGGGCCAGCCCGGCCCCGAGCGCGCCCGGGGAUUGGCUGCGCGGGCGUCCGGCGCUUCAGCAGCUUCGCCGAAGAGGCGGCUCGGUUCGUUGGUGGCCCGGGCAGAUUGUCAGCACACACACAGCGAGGCGUGAUCGACAGCACGCACCCAGGUUGGCGCGCUGAUCAGCCGGGCAGGGUCGCCUGUGCCGCUUGGGCGUCGGAUUGCCGCGCGCGGGGGGCCGACCGAGGUAGAGCCUACCUUGCGGCAGUUUUCUUUUUGGGCCCUGCAACGGGAACGGCUUUGUGCCGUGCUUCCGCAAAUGAUUCAAGGAGGCGCGUGGGGUCGACGUCAUUUUCGUAUGCCGUUAUGUAUUGCUGGUUUUGGCAAAGAAAUGGCUAUGGCCUCGGUAUCCAUGCCUCGGGCUGCCAACCUCGGCAUGCGCCGCCUUGAGGUUUCCCUGGUGGUUCUAGCCGAAGAAGGGGGCGGGCGGAACGUCCUUC